AUGACUAGGGAACUGGUUCGGAAAUAUACAACCUUGACAGGUCUGUCCGAUCAAAUCAUGAUGCUUUCAAACACAUCUAAGCGGAGCUCGAAAUUGUUUGUACUCAUCACGAGUCUGCGAACUCGCCAUCGCGACUUUGGGUCUGAUUGGGUCAACGUAAAUUUGGAAACAAUCGAUAUGUGGGAAGGCGCAACGCGGAGAGGUGCCCGAGUUCGCGGACGACAGUUCAAUGAUGGAAUUCUCAUGAGCUGGGCGUUCGAUCUCACCGUCGACGACCCGGAUACAAUAAUAAGUCUGCAGCGAGCUAUAGAUUAG